UGGCUACUGCUUCACCACCGACUCAGGCCCCUCAGGCGUUUGGGGGGGGUUCUCCUGAUCUGGCAUCCACCUCCCCGAUCUCCAGAUCCCGAUCGCCUGUUGGUCGCUGCCUUUCCUUUCUGAAGCCUCUGCCCGUUUUCCUGUUGUUCUCCACCACCACCGCCACCAUGUAUCUGGAGGGUUCAAUUUGAUUAAUUGGUUGAUUUCUUCCUUGAUCUCGUGGGUUUUGGCUUUACUUUGGAAAGCCAAGUAAUAAUGACGGCAGAGACCCACCUAGUUCCCUUGGAACUCCCUGACCUAUCUCACAACAAUUCUCCUACUUCUGCUACUACUAUUGCUACUAGCAGUCCUUCUAAAGUCCCCUCUCUCCACAUCCUAGCCGACCCCGAAUCUGCUCCAUUCCCCAAUUGCAAUGGUGCCAAUGGGAUCCACCACCACCACCAUGAUGGUGAUGAUCAUGAUGAUGAUGCCAUUCCCAAGUAUGAUGCUGGCGACAACUCCAACACCUUUGUCACCCGCAAUGAUGAUUCACCCCUUCCUCUUGAUAUGGAUCACCAUCUAAAUGGAACUGCCCACGUGCAGUCUUGCCAUUCCAACCUCAUAGACCUCCAAAUUGCGAAACUUGCUGCAGAAACUGAUGCCAACCAGGUUGCCUCUUCCAUCAAUGGUGUUAGUGUUCUGCACCAAGAGGGUUCUGUGGUUGCCUCUGUUGUUGGGGAUGCCUUCCUGGUUGGUGGCUCCAGCACAGCUGCCAGUGAAGUCGUUCUGCAAAAUGGUGGUGGUGCUGGAGGUGCUAAGGCAGAUGCUGAGCCAUGCCAGCUUGCUGACUGUCAAAUUGACUCCAAGCUGCCCUCUCCUGCUCCAAGAGAGAAUCAGGAAUCUGAUGUUGCAGUCUUCCACCUGCAGGCAGAUGUAGAUUUAGUUGAGAGUCGCCAAGCUCAAUAUCCUUCAUUGCACGUUGCCAAGCCCACCGAUGGUUGUCAGAAAUCUGAGGGAAAUGAUUUUGAUCUAAUCAGUCCAUUGCAAGAGGAGAUCCAUGAGUUCCAGCAUGGUAGUUUCGAGUCUUCCCCACCUAAAUCACCAGAAUUUGAAGUCAGCAAGCCCAUCCCCACUAACCAAUUCCAUUCAGAGUCAUCUGACAGGGUUAGUGGUGCCCAGGACCCUGAAAAUGGACAAAGUGAUGCUAGUCAAUUUGUACCCCAUCAGACUGAGUUGCAGGAGGCGAACUUGGAAGACCAAAUUGGCAUAGAUUCCACUAAUGUCAUAGAGGAAAGGGUGCAAAGUGGAGUGCUGGUGAAAUCCAAAGAGAAUUCUGAAACCUCUGAAUUUCAUAAGAGUGGACAAAGGGAUGAAGGAGAGGAAACAAAGAUGGAACUUCUUUCAGAAGAUAACCAAAAUCCAGAAUCCAUCGUUGGACCUGGUAAAAAUGGUGAGCCUAGUUUUGAUCAGGAGCUUGAAGCUGUAAGCUCUCCUAAUGAUGUUGAUUUACUAUCGUUAACUGCAAGUGGUCCUGUUUCCAAUGAAAGUAAAGACCAUUUGCCUGUUUCUUCUUCCAAUUGUUCUGUUCCCGAUAACAAAGAAUCUUAUGAAUCCACAGAUGACAGUGAAAUACAUAGCAAAGAAUCUAAUAACCGUGCAGUUGACGGCAAGAAAUCCCUUGAACUGCUCCAAUUUGCUACUGAUGCUGAUACUUUAGUUCCUGCAACCAGUUGUGUGAAAACUGAUACUGUGGGCAAUCCAGUUGAAAGUAUUGAAAAUGUGCAAGACGCUGCUAAAGAACAGGAAGUUCAGCAUGAGAUAUUUCCUUCUACAGAAAAUGUUACUUCUCGUGAUGAUGGGGUAUGCAAACCAGAGACUGAAGACAUUGAUAAUGCUGGGGCUCAAAGCAUUGCCGAAGUUCCAGACAUCUCUAGACAGCAUGAAAUUGAAAAAGUAGCUUGUUCUUCAAGUGAACAUGUUGUUGGUGAGGAUAAGGUUAUUAAAUCAGAAACUGAAGUUGCAAGUGCCAUUUCCCUUCCUAUUAGUGACUCAAUAUCAGAGAUCAUACAAUCCAAAGGUGUAAACAAUGAUGACCUUGUUGGUGUUGUGAGCAUCCUCCCCAAUACCACAAUCUCUGGAGCUGAAUUUCAGCUUGGAACUGACAAUUCCAAGGAAAAAAUGCAGUCAUUUCAGGUUGAGAACAUGCACUUGAAACCUGAAGUUGGCAUUCUGGAUGAUGAAUGUGGCGAUAUGCGCUCUGUUUCAUCUGUUGAAGAAGUAAAGGAUGAAGUUGAGAAUUCUUCUGGCACGGAUGGUGCAGAUAUGGCCUACAGUAACAGUGUUGCAUCCAAUGCCGAGGUUUCUGAUAGUUCUGUUGUUAUUAGCGAGAGUGCCCCAAACUUAGGUCCUGAAUUUAAGGAUGUUGAAGCCCAGGAAGAUAAGUUAUCUCUUUUAGAUGUAAAAAUUGAUAAUAAGCUAAUAUGCCAAGAAAGGAAGAACAUGGAGAAAUCUCAUGAAAAUGAGAUAUCUACUUCUUUGUCGGAGAAUUCCAAUCCUGAUGCUUUGGCUGGACAGAAUGUUGGUUUUGGACCCUUGACUAGGUCAUUUUGUUAUCUAAUUAGGAUGCCAAGAAUUGACGAUCUGAAGAUCAGAGAACAGAUCCAACUUGCUCAACUACAGGUUGAAGAGAAGACGAAGCAUAGGGAUGCAUUUCGACUUGAAAUCCAAAAGCACAAAGCAAACUGCCACGGUCAUGCUGCUGAAUAUGAGGAUGCAUUGUCCAAGGCAAGGGCUUCAAAAAGGUCUGUGAAGUCUAAGCGCGCAGAGAUAGAUUCUAUCCAAUCUGUGAUUAAUAAAGUCAAGAAUGCAAUUUCUGUGGAGGAUAUUGAUGCCCGGAUCUACAGCAUGGAACACAUGAUUCAACAUGAAACUCUACCGUUAAAGGAGGAAAAGCAGUUUAUUCGCGAAAUCAAGCAAUUGAAGCAGCUUCGGGAACAAUUAUCCUCAAACAUUGGAAGCCAGGAUGAGGUUCAGCAGGCUUUGAAAAAGAGAGACGAAUUUGAAGAGCGUUUGAAGAUAUUAAAGAAGGAACUGGAUAAUCUCAAGGAUGGUGUCCUGAAAGCUGAAACAGUUGCCCGAGCAGCACAGAAGAAGUAUGAAGAUGAGAGUCUAAAGCUCAAGGAAUUGAUCUCUCAGGUUGAAGAUGCAAAUGACAUUCGCCAGGCAGCGUAUCAUCAUUUGCAAAGUUUGAAGAAAGAAUUGUUUGUGAAGAAUAAACAAUUUCGAACAUACAAGGACAAUGCAGCUGCAGCUAGUGAUUAUGCAGCAAGAAAAGAUAGAGAAGCACUCCAUCACCUCUGUGUUAAUCAGGUGGAGACAGUAAUGGAUUUGUGGAACAAGGAUGAUGCUUUCCGUAAAGAAUAUGUUAAGUGCAACAUGAGGAGCACACUGAGGAGAUUAGGAACAUUGGAUGGUCGCUCACUUGGCCCAGAUGAGGAACCUCCUGAAAUGAUGAGUUACAGGGUAGAAAGGAUCGAUAGGUUGGUUUUAAACCCAAGCAACACUAGUGUUGUGUUGCAAACCCAAGAUCUGAAACAAGAAAACCAAUUGAAAUAUGUAGAGGAUGUUUGCCCGGGUGAUAGGUCUAAGAUCCAAGAAGUAAGAGUGAAUAGUGAGAAAGCAGAAAGUAGAGAAGCUGUGAAACCAUUUUUGAGGAAUGGGCUUGCGACGAUUUCGGGCAGGACGAUAAGUGAUGUCGAGAUCACAGAGAAGGAGCGUAUACCAACGAUGGAGGAGCAGGAGUUGGCAAGGAAGGCUGAGGAGUUAACGAAGGCAGAGGCAGAAGCCAAGUUGAGGGAGCAGCGGCGACUAGAGGAGAAAGCUAAGGCUCUGGAGGCAUUGGAGAGAAAAAAGAGGAUAGCAGAGAAAGCGCAAAUGAGAGCUGAAUUACGAGCACAGAAAGAAGCCGAACUGAGAGAGAAGGAAAGGGAGAAGAGGUUGAGGAAGAAGGAGAGAAAGAAGGCCGGUGGAGCCGAAGUUCCCGAUGGCAACAAUAUUGGGGAAUGCACUCCAAAAUCUGAAAUCGUACCUGGAACAAUGAAGGAAUCUGAGGUUAAGUACUGUUUUCCUACAGUUACCAAAAGAUCUCAAAAUCCAUCAGUUGUGGUGAAGCAAAGCAAGACAAAAUCUAUCCCUCCGCCACUUAGGAACAGAGGUAAAAGAAAAAUGCAGCAGUGGAUGUGGAUAAUUUUGACAUGCGUGGUUGUUAUUGCUCUGUUCUUGCUGGGAAACAUUGGCUUCUUCUCCAGUCUUUCAAAUUUUAGGCCGCGGAGCCAUAGUUUCUGAAGCUUUUUUUUUUAUAAAUAAUCUCCGACUUUGUGUUGGAUAUUUUAGAGACCAAUAGGCGAUUCUUUUGUUUUACUCUUUAAUUUUUCUUUCAAUUUCUUUAGUUUGGAUCUUGUGAUGGCAUAUUCUUGCUUAUGUCUUACACAUUAUUUUGUUAUGUUAUAUUUGAUAUGUAUGAACAACAGGAAACAAGUUCCAUU